ACACACCAACUACUAUAAUCAAUCAUGGGUCAAGGUCCUUCAGGAAUGCCGGGUGGCAACGCCGGUGACAAGAAAAACGACAAGAAAAAAGAAAAGCCAAAGUACGAGCCGCCGGUGCAGUCGAAGUUUGGCAAGAAGAAAAGAAAGGGUCCUGAUAUGGCGGCAAAACUCCCGAACAUCUACCCGAAUACGCGCUGCAAGUUGAAGCUCUUGAAGAUGGAGCGCAUCAAGGAUCACUUGUUGUUGGAGGAGGAAUUUGUGAUGAACCAGGAAGCAUUCCAGCCGACCGAGGCCAAGCAGGCGGAGGAAGGAGACAAAGUGGACGAAAUCCGCGGGCUGCCUAUGUCGAUUGGGACCUUGGAGGAGAUUAUCGACGACGAUCACGCGAUUGUGUCAUCGUCGUCCGGUCCUGAGUACUAUGUGUCCAUCCUUUCCUUCGUAGACAAGGGCUUGUUGGAGCCGGGCUGCUCGGUGUUGUUGCACCACAAGACAGUGUCUAUUGUGGGGGUCUUGCCCGACGACGCCGACCCAAUGGUCUCUGUGAUGAAGCUAGACAAGUCGCCAAACACGUCCUACGCCGACAUUGGUGGUUUGGAAUCGCAGAUCCAGGAAAUCAAGGAGGCGGUCGAGUUGCCCCUCACGCACCCAGAGUUGUACGAAGAGAUGGGGAUCAAACCGCCUAAGGGUGUGAUUUUAUACGGUGCUCCGGGUACCGGUAAGACGUUGCUCGCCAAGGCCGUGGCGAACCAGACCUCUGCCACAUUUUUGCGUAUUGUCGGGUCGGAAUUGAUCCAGAAGUACUUGGGUGACGGGCCACGGUUGUGCAGACAAAUCUUCCAAACGGCUGCAGAGCAUGCUCCGUCAAUCAUCUUCAUCGAUGAGAUCGACGCGAUUGGGACAAAGAGAUAUGAGUCCACGUCUGGUGGUGAAAGAGAGAUCCAGCGCACCAUGUUGGAGUUGUUGAACCAGUUGGACGGGUUCGAUGACCGUGGUGACGUCAAGGUCAUCAUGGCGACCAACAAGAUCGAGUCCUUGGACCCGGCAUUGAUCAGACCGGGCAGAAUCGACAGAAAAAUCUUGUUUGAGAGCCCAGACCUCACGACCAAGAGAAAGAUUUUGAGCAUCCACACCAGCAAGAUGAGUUUGGCCCCAGACGUCAACUUGGAAGAGGUGGUGUCGUCCAAGGAUGACUUGUCUGGUGCUGACAUCAAGGCGAUCUGCACUGAAGCUGGGUUGCUUGCUUUGAGAGAAAGAAGAAUGCAGGUGACCGCCGAGGAUUUCAAGGGCGCCAAGGAGAGGGUGCUUAAGAACAAGAUUGAGGAGAACCUCGAGGGGUUGUACUUGUAGAGUAAAUGUUAAUACAGGAAGGGCUGUAAGAUCGAAGAAAACCCCGAGGGGGUACUUGUAGAGUAAGUGUUAAUACGAAAACGGUUG